UUACACUUCCUCAUUGGUCGGUCUCAGCUCUGCAAUGGCUUCUCUGUGGAAUUCUGGAGAGGAAUGAAGAAACCCUCAUAGAGAGAAAAAUGGCGGGAAAAUACGUGGCAUCAUCGUCUCUACCAAACCCUAGAGGCGGAAGCACCAGAUCUCCGAUCCUCCUUCUCACCUUCUCUCUCCUCUCCCUUUCUCUCCUUCUCUUUCUCUUCUCCAUCCUCCCCUCCCAUCCAAACCCCAACCCUAACCGUAACCCUAACCUUAACACUCUUCUACCUGAAUCCAGCUUCGUUGCUUCUCUCGAACACUUCCUCAUCUCCAAGUCCCCCAGAUCUCCUCCAAUUCGAGAUGAUACUGUUGGUUCAGAUGACCCGGAGGCUGUGAAGAAGCUCGAUGAUUUGGUGUGGCAGAGGGAGAUUCGGAGGGUGUACGAGGAUCCGUACUAUCCGGCGGCAUCGGGGGUGACGUCGGCCAUUAGGGUGUAUGUGUACGAGAUGCCGGCGAAGUUUACGUAUGAUCUGCUCUGGUUGUUUCGGAACACUUAUAAGGAGACUUCGAAUCGUACUUCCAAUGGUAGCCCCGUGCAUCGCCUGAUUGAGCAGCAUUCUAUUGAUUACUGGCUAUGGGCGGAUUUGAUUGCACCAGAAUCAGAAAGGCUUUUGACAAAUGUUGUCAGAGUGCAUAGGCAGGAGGAGGCGGACCUAUUCUACAUUCCAUUCUUCACAACCAUCAGCUUCUUCUUGUUGGAGCCAGAGCAGUGGAAGCCACUUUACAGGGUGGGGCCAAGCCUUAUGUGCUUUAUGCUAAGGACGAGUUUGAUGCACUCAUUGUUUGAUCAUAAUGAAAGACUAAUCACUUAUGGGGAAGCUUUGAAGUGGGUGACUGAUCAACCUGCAUGGAAACGGUCUGGAGGGAGGGACCACAUACUUCCAGUUCAUCAUCCAUGGUCUUUCAAGACUGUUCGGAAAUCCAUGAAGAAUGCAAUUUGGCUGUUACCAGACAUGGACUCCACAGGGAACUGGUACAAGCCUGGACAGGUUUCACUUGAAAAAGAUCUAAUACUUCCUUAUGUUCCAAAUGUCGAUUUGUGUGCUGCCAAAUGCUCAUCGGAAAGUGAAUCAAAGAGGAAGACACUUCUAUUCUUCCGUGGGAGGCUUAAAAGGAAUGCUGGGGGGAAGAUUCGUGCUAAGCUUAUGGCAGAACUAAGUGGUGCUGAUGGAGUGGUUAUAGAGGAGGGAACUGCUGGGGAAGGGGGGAAAGAAGCUGCCCAGAGAGGGAUGCGCAAGUCUAUUUUUUGCCUAAGUCCAGCUGGUGACACUCCAUCCUCUGCUAGAUUGUUUGACGCUAUUGUUAGUGGGUGCAUCCCUGUUAUAGUUAGUGAUGAACUGGAGCUUCCUUUUGAAGGAAUACUUGAUUACCGGAAGAUAGCUCUGUUUGUUUCCUCCAGUGAUGCUAUGCAGCCAGGUUGGCUUUUGACAUUUCUGAAAAGUAUCAGUCCUGCUCAAAUUAAAGAAAUGCAAAGGAACCUAGUCAAGUACUCGAGGCAUUUUGUAUAUUCCAGUCCAGCUCAACUCUUGGGUCCAGAAGACUUCGUGUGGAGAAUGCAGAUGGCGGGUAAGUUAAUGAACAUCAAGCUUCACACCAGAAGGUUGCAGCGUGUGGUGAGGGAAUCCAGAAGGCUCUGCACGUGUGACUGCAAGCGUGCCAACUUCACAGGCCCCUAGCUUCCCCUUCCCCCCAUUUAUUGCUUAUAUUUCUUUUGUAAACUUAUAUAUAUUUUGUGGGAGUUCAAAAUUGCUUAAACCAGAAGUUAGUUAGGUACCAGAUCUCGAUAUUUUUGUAGUGAUAUCUUUCUUUGUUUUGGAAUGGAUUGAUUCGACCAGAAGGGGAAAAAAAAGUGAAAAGUUGAUGGGCGUUUAUGAAUUCAUGAUAAAUAUAGGAGGUAUACGAGUUGCUUUUGA